CCCACAUUUCGAUUCCCAAUUCCCGAAAACCCCUAAAUAUGAAAUACUCGGCAUGAUUACAACGGAUGAUUCCGGCGAUAUCGCGUUGAAUUUCUUAAAAUAUUUUUCUUACAGGGGUUCGGUAUUUGUUUGAAUUCGUCUUUUGAUUCACAACAUAACAAACAUCGAGGUUAGAUUUUUAGGUAUUCGUUGAAGAAAUUUGGAAAUGGAUGAAAUAAAGGAGGUACACACCCCUUAUGAGAUGGGGGUGGUUGUUCCUAAGAAGGUAAGUGAUCAAAUUGGGGAAGGCUAUGGCCAUGAUUGUGUUGAAGUUCUUGUGGCUCAAUUUCACAGGGUUGGUCUAAUUGUUGAUAGAGUUGUUGGUCUUCAUGAUGAAUUCCUCAAGUUAUUAGCACCUGUGGAAAUCUUAGGGAAGGCAGCAGCUGAGUUACAAUUGAAGAAAAGAACUCAUAUAGGGGUGGAUAUACAAUUUGAAUGGGAUGAGGCCGAGGCUUUUAUCAGACAAGCCGAUGGUUCAUUCUUCAGUUGGUGUGAGCGUUUCCGUUGCUACAAUCACAUGAUAUACGGAAUUGUUAACAAGAGCGAGUCAGCUAUCAUAUUGAAAUCCAACUGCAGGGACGUUAGAUGGGAGCCUGGGGAAAGUCUGGUGUGGAAGUUGGAAACAGAAGCCAUUGUUAAAGAAGUAUUUCCUCUCCAUGACGAGAUAAAAAGAAAGCAGCUUCUGAAAUGUUGGGCACUGAAUUGGUGGGACCUUACAAAUCAGCCUAUUGAUGAGAUCUAUGCUUACUAUGGAACAAAGAUUGCAACAUAUUUUGCUUUCCUUGGAAUGUACACGAAGUGGUUGUUUUUUCCGGCUGCGUUUGGGCUUCUCUUGCAACUGGUUGAUUUUGGAUCUUUGCAGUUAUUGGUGAUUCCCUUUUUCUUUAUAUGCAUAAUUUCAUGGGCAGUCCUUUUUUUCCAAUUCUGGAAGCGGAAAAACUCCACCCUUUUGGCCAGGUGGCAAAUUAGUUAUUCGGUCGGAGCUGAGUCUGCUUAUAAAUAUAUGGAUAUGGAGUGGAGUUCCUUCCACUCGUCUGUAGGAUUAGUCAAAAAAUGGGGUGACGGUAAAGCCGAGGAUAAAGAGAACUUCCAAAGAGAAGAAUGGUCUGGUCGUAUGAUGCGAUUCAGAAACGACGCUAUCAUUAUCUUGAGUAUCAUAUGUCUCCAGCUUCCAUUUGAAUUAGCUUAUGCACAUCUGUAUGAGAGCAUCCGUUCUGAUAUCAUGAAGUUUGGGCUGACGGCAAUAUACCUUUUUGCCAUUCAGUAUUUUACACAAUUUGGUGGGAAGGUGUCGGUGAAGCUAAUCAAGGAUGAACAGAAUGAGAACUCUGAAUACAGAGCUAACAGCUUGGUCUAUAAGGUGUUUGGUCUGUACUUUAUGCAGUCUUACAUCGGAAUCCUUUAUCAUGCAAUUCUGCAUCGCAACUUCAUGACUCUUCGUCAAGUGAUAAUUCAACGUUUAAUCAUAUCAGAGGUGCUUGAAAAUCUGAUGGAGAAUUCUCUACCCUACAUCAAAUACAGCUAUAGGAAAUACCGAGCUGUUCGUAACAAGAGAAAACGGGAGAAGGGACCAUCAGGGAGAAAAUCUUACUUCAAUUCUAGGGUCGAGAAGGAAUACUUUAAGCCUAUGUAUUCUGCUAGUGUUGGCGAAGAACUCGAAGAUGGGCUUUUUGAUGAGUUUCUGGAGUUGGCGUUGCAAUUUGGAAUGAUUAUGAUGUUUGCUUGUGCAUUCCCUCCCGCAUUUGCUUUUGCUGCAUUGAGCAAUGUUGCAGAGAUUAGAGCAGAUGCGUUAAAGAUUCUUGCUAUGUAUAGAAGACCCGUUCCUCGAGUUGCUGCGACGAUAGGGGCUUGGCUCAACAUAUUUCAGUUUCUGAUUGUGGUAUCGAUAUGCACGAAUUGCGUGCUUUUAGCAUGUUUGUAUGAUAGGGAGGGGAAAUGGGACAUAUCUCCUGGUCUUGCAGCCAUUCUCAUCAUGGAACAUGUCCUCCUCCUUAUCAAGUUUGGCUUCUCAAGGAUUGUACCUGAGGAACCCGAUUGGGUAAAAGCAAACCGGAUGAAGAACGCAACUCAAGCACAGAACAUGUGUUCUAAACAACUUUUGAGAAACAUUUCUGGCGGCAGAGGAGCAUUCGUUACAGGUACACAGAAGACUGAUUGAUUGUUGUACUUAAGACUAGUCUCGUUUUUAGAAUUGUGAAAUUAUCGCGAGUCGUAGCGAGUUUGUAAUUAAGAAACCCGUUUUUUCCUGUUAAGGACCGUAGUUGUAUAGUAUAUUGCCUUGCCUUGCCUUGUUCAU